GCAGCUGCUGCCCCCAUGUGACAUCACGGGGGCGGGACUAGUUAAAGCUCCGAGAGCUGAAGCUUUCUAGUCACAGAGAGAGACAGCCGGGUUAUCGGCAGCUACAGAUUAUACCAAAGAGAAACCAUAUGAAAAUAAAGAGCUUUAGAAACUUGAAUUCUUUUAAAUAAUCUAAACAUUUAGUUUCAAGUCUACCAGAUGCAAGCCUUGAAACCAAGCCCCCAAAGGCACUGAAGAAACCUAACCCAGAGAGGAGUUUUGACCUGAGAUUUUGACAUCAUGGGAGGAGCAGUUGUGGAUGAUGGGCCAACUGGCGUCAAGGCCCCUGAUGGUGGAUGGGGUUGGGCCGUUCUGUUUGGAUGUUUUGUCAUCACUGGAUUUUCAUAUGCUUUCCCCAAAGCUGUCAGUGUGUUUUUUAAAGAACUGAUUAGGGAGUUUGGGAUAGGAUACAGUGACACAGCAUGGAUAUCGUCCAUCCUACUGGCUAUGCUCUAUGGUACAGGCCCGCUAUGCAGCAUAUGUGUGAAUCGGUUUGGCUGUCGCCCAGUAAUGAUGGUUGGUGGUCUCUUUGCUGCUCUUGGAAUGGUGGCUGCUUCUUUUUGCACAAGUAUCCUCACAAUUUACCUCACUGCUGGGGUUAUCACCGGUUUGGGCCUUGCACUCAAUUUCCAGCCCUCCCUGAUUAUGCUGAACCGAUAUUUUGACAAACGACGCCCACUGGCAAAUGGUCUGGCUGCGGCAGGGAGCCCCGUGUUUCUCUGCGCCCUGUCUCCUCUGGGACAAAUUCUUCAGUACGAGUUUGGCUGGCGAGGAGGCUUUCUUAUAUUGGGUGGGCUGCUCCUCAACUGCUGUGCUUGUGGGGCUUUGAUGAGACCACUUGAACCUCCAAAGAAAGCAGUAGAAGAAGUCAAGGAUACCAAAGAAAUAAAACCAAAGAAAAAGCUGCUCGAUUUCAGUGUCUUCAAAGAUAGAGGGUUUGUUAUUUACACCUUGGCUGCCUCCAUUAUGGUUCUUGGGCUGUUUGUGCCACCUGUGUUUGUUGUAAGUUAUGCAAAGGACAUUGGCAUCCCAGACACAAAGGCAGCUUUUCUCCUCACCGUUCUUGGAUUUAUUGAUAUCUUUGCACGGCCCACAUGUGGAGUAAUUACAGGGCUGAAACAGGUUAGACCGUACGCGGUCUAUUUAUUUGGCUUUGCUAUGGUAUUUAAUGGAUUCACUGAUCUGAUGGGCUCCAUGGCAGAUUCCUUCGGAGGACUGGUUGUCUUCUGCAUCUUCUUUGGGAUUUCCUAUGGAAUGGUCGGUGCUCUGCAAUUUGAAGUCCUGAUGGCUAUUGUUGGUACACAUAAAUUCUCCAGUGCUAUUGGGCUGGUGCUUCUAGCAGAAGCUUGUGCUGUUCUUAUUGGACCACCAUCAGCAGGAAAAAUCUUGGAUGCAACUGGGAAGUACAUGUUUGUAUUCAUCAUUGCUGGUGUUGAAGUCGUAACUUCAGCUUUUGUUCUCACUUUGGGCAAUUUCUUCUGCAUUAAGAAAACAGUAGAGGAGCCCCAUCAUAAAGACAAUGCAGAAAUAGAAGAACUUAAAAAACUUGAUGGCUCAGCAGCUGAAAAUGCCAAAGUGGAUUCAGCAGAAGUGGAGCAGUUCUUGAAGGAUGAAAAGGAGAAGAACGGAGAGGUUGCGACGAAUCCUGAGACCUGUGUUUGAACAGUCUGAUAAGCUUGAGGAUAUUUAAUUCAGGGGAUAGACUAUUUAGGGCUGUGCCAAUCAUUAAUUGUUUUAAAUGAACAUUGAUUUUAUUGUUGCGAGAAAACUGUAAGGCAUUGUGUAGAAACCAGUUGCUGAAGUCCAUUAACCUAUGCCAACCAGACUGAUUGCUGUCAUUAUUUUAUCUGCACUAGACUCGGAGAAGCUAACCGGUGACUGGCUGCUGUAGGCUAUUAGGACUUUGCCUGUUUUAAUGUAACAGAAAAUGCAAAUCCCUUUAGUGUAGAACAUUAAUGGUUUCAUUUGUUUGUUUUUAUAACUUUUUUUUUUUUGUAAGUCGUGUUAUUUUUGGAGAGCUAGAGAGCCCAAAUACAACCAACUGCAUGAGAAAAACAGGACUUGUAUAUCCAUUUCACAGAAGCCUACAGAUAGCUCGAGCUUCACUUUAUACACAGUGUUUCAAUCCAUGUCUUUGCUGGUCUGUAUAACUUCUAUUACCAAUGACUAAUGUUAACUCAAACCUAACUGGUAACUGUGUGCGUGUUUUUUAAUUAUUUUUUUUUCCCUUGUCUUUUUGUGUUAUUUAUGGAGAUGAAUACACUUUUUUGUGAUAUGAUUUCAGGGUUUUAUUUGGCAUUGCACUGAAAAGUCAGUAAAUGAUAUACACUUCUAAAUUUUUUAAACUAUA